CAUCAGGCACGUCAGUGAACAUCCACUGUGAAGCGAAUGAGAGGGGGUUGGGAAGAGUUGUUUUGUGUUGCAUUCCUGCAGUGAAUUUGACCUUUGACCUCGUUGUUGUGUCCUCCCCUUCUUGCAUUCCAAAGUGAGGGUUUCCUGCAGUACGCUCGGAGCGUUUGUAGCUGCUGGGGUCUGCUCGUCCGUGCGCCCUGUGCAUGUUUACUAGCUAGCCAACGUUUACAAAGACAAGCGCAGUGCUGUUCAGCCAGAAUAGAUAUUUGAGAUUAAUGCAAAAUCAGAAGCCACGGAAUUCCACAUCGCCGGGUCCGGACGAAAAGGAAAAUAGAUUCUGGUCUACUAAGCGAAAGGAAGCAGCACCAGAAAAAUCUGAAACUGAAGCUAGCUGGGUCUGCCUUGAACAGUCUUCAUAUUCACCCUAUUUAACAAGCUUGCUAACGUAGCCGACACAGGAGCGAGGAAAUGAAGGACAAACAGAAGAGAAAGAAGGAGCGCACGUGGGCUGAGGCCGCUCGUAUGGUCCUGGAGAACUUCUCAGACGCCCCCAUGACCCCCAAACAGAUCCUCCACGUCAUCCAAACGAAGGGCCUGAAAGAGAUGCGAAGUGGCACGGCCCCUCUAGCCUGCCUGGUCACCAUGCUUCACUCUCAGGUGCGGGGUGACCGAGUGAAGAACAGCAUCUUCUUCAAGUUACCAGGCAGAAUGAGUCUCUUCACCCUAAAGAAAAAUGCCCUUCAAUGGACCAAGAGCCCUACGGCAACAGAGGGUGCGGACGCUGCCGCAGCUACACCAGCAACAACAUCCACGGCGACGGUUGGCACAGCAGAGGGGGCUGAGCAGGAGAGCUGCGACUCCACGGAAACGGCUGCUGCCAGCGGUGAGAAUGACGCCUCGGUGGACGAGACGUCCUCCAGUGCCUCCUGUUCCACAGAGCCCCAGACGCGCCUCAGCCGAUCCUCACAGUCGGGUCGGCAGAGAAAGAAGUCAGUGAUGAUGCCUCGUGUCGUUCUCACUCCACUCAAGGUCAACGGGGAACACGUGCCAUCAGGAGCCCCGGGGAGGCGCAGGGAAGGCUCUAGGGGGGGCACGGGCCCCACGCUGCGCACCCGCUCCGAGCUGGGCUGGAAGCGCCCCCAGCACUUCAAGAGCAUGCGUGGCCUCCGCUCAGGACCCAUGAAAAGAAGCCGUGGAGUAGAAGUCGAUUUCGAGACCCCAGGAUCCAUCCUGGUGAACACCAACAUCCGAGCACUCAUAAACAUGCGUACCUUCGCUGCCUUCCCCCCACACUCCCAGCAGCAGCUGCUACAGCUCCUACCCGAGGUCGACCGACAGGUUGGCCCAGAUGGACUACCUCGUCUCAGUAGUUCAGCGCUCAAUAAUGAGUUUUUCACACAUGCCUCACAGAGUUGGAAAGAGCGACUGGCCGAAGGUGAGUUCACCCAUGAAAUGCAGGUGCGCUUCAGGCAAGAGAUGGAGAAAGAGAAGAAAGUGGAGGCGUGGAAAGAGAAGUUCUUUGAGGAGUACCAUGGUCAACGGUCUGGCCUGACUCAUGAGGAGGCGCUGAAAUUAACAAUGAGUGAACCAGGGGAUGUUGCAGGGGCUGUUUUGGACAGAGACACUGCUGCUGUUGCCACGGGAACACCAAAACGGCGCAGUGUGGGCCGGCGGCGCCGGGAGGGACGCAUCAGGCGUCGCUCGCGAGCAGACAUGCGGCGCCGGGCUCGACGGACCCUCUGCAAGACCAGUCCCACCGCUGCAGCUACCUCGGCCGAACAAGCAGACAGCCCUGUGGCCUCAGACUGCGCCCCCGACACUCCUGCCGCCCCCUCCUCGCCCCUGCCAGAGGCCACUGCCGCCGUGCAGGAUGAGGUGGUCCUCCCAGCUGACUCCGAAAUGGAGGCCCCGGCAGAAAUCCCCUCCCCAGAAGCAGCCCCCUCCUCCCCGGUCCCGGAGCCCGCCCCGACCCCGGCCUCCACCGUCUCCAGCGACGAGCCAGAGGAGCCAGAGGUUCCCGAGGUCUCCCCCCGGCUCCUGCCUGACGACGUGCCCGAGCCCCCCGUCGCUUCCACCUCCUCGCCCUCCUCCUCUUCAUCCUCCACCUCCUCUUCCUCUUCGCCCUCCUCCUCGCCCUCCUCUGCCUCCGACAGGCAGGGAGCCUUUGCUGCUAGCUCGGACUCGUCCUCCUCGUCAUCUUCCUCGUCCUCCUCCUCCUCCACAGCCGCCAUCGCCACCGACCCGCUGGAUGACGGGGCGUCGGUCAUCACGACUGGCACAGCCGGUACCGGCGCCAGCAGCAGGGAGAGCAGCCCGGCCGCCAGCCCAGCCACCUCCAGCCCCGCCGUGCAGCCCAAAGAGCAGAAGAGGAGGCCCGACGAGCCCCAGGCCUUCACUAGCUUUCCCGAGAAGAGGCCGCGUCUUGACGACCGUCAGUCCUUUCGUAACACAGUUGACAGUGUGCACACGGAAAAGCCGCAGCCCACAACAGAGGAACCCAAGGUCCCACCAAUCCGGAUACAACUCUCCAGGAUCAAACCGCCCUGGGUCAAGGGGGCGCCAACGUACCAAAUCUGUCCCCGCAUUGUGCCCCCCAACGAGGGGUCGCGGCGCUCAGGGACGGGGGCGCGCACGCUCGCGGACAUCAAAGCCAGGGCCCAGCAGGCCCGCGCCCAGCGAGAGGCAGCUGCUGCUGUUGCAGCCACUGGCGACGGGGCAGGGCCGGGCGGGGGCGGGAGCGGCCCGGGGGGCGGUUCUGGCCUAUCGGAUCGCAGCAGUGGGAGGCGGGCCCGAGAGCACCCGGGCCCGGUCGAGCCGGGAGGAGGCAGCGGAGGAGGAGGCGGCGAUGUGGAGGAGCAGAGCUCACCUGCGAGCUCUCAUUCGUCUGGAGCACAACUACAGCUGUCCGCUGUAGACUCCGAGAGGACCACGACGACGGCCGCUUCCACGCCCAAGGCCCACGCAUCGUCUCCGUCCACCUCCUCCAACCCGUCUUUUCCUCCGUCGGAACCGCCGCAGACCCCCACGCCGUCCCCAUCGGUAGGGGGAAGCCCCGCCUCGCAGGCCCAGACGGAGGAGCUCUCGCCAGGGGAGGAUACGCUCUCGGCCAGCCCCAGCGACAAAGCCUCUGACGUGGCUCCAGACACUCCAAAGCAGAUUCUCAAUGAGCCAGAGUCAGUGGGCAGCCUUCCGGAUGUCUCCACAGAGGAGGCCGACUCGAACGACAGCAGGCCGCCAACAGAGAGCAGCCCUUCGCCGUCUGUAAUAGAGAAGGGACCGAGCGGGGCGGUUUCGCUAGUGCCCACCUCCAUCCCUGACUCGCUGCCCAGGUUCGGAGCGCAGGGUGUGGAUGUCAUCAGGACGCGGAGUGCUGUCGGGGCUCAGGCCUGGGAAGGGGAGCAGCAAAGUGGGCAUGAGCAGAGGUCGGCUUCGGCCGGCGUUAUCCACCAUGGCUCCGACAUCAAGCAGGAGGCUCCCGCUGCAACCAGAAAUGGGCUGAGUGAGGUUGGCGAGGAGCAGAGCUGUAGAGAAAGAAGGCCAAAGGUCCACAGCCGCAUUGACGUAGGGAUGGAGAGCAAGCCCAUCACAGGCUUUGAGAGCUCGGGCUCUUGUCUCCCCAGCAUGGCUGGGGAUGAUGACGCUGGGGCGCACAGUGACUCCACGGAAACCGCCUCCGACUUCGAGAACGAGGCCCCAGAGGAGGACUCUGUCGACUGGCAUGUGACGACAGGCGACUGCAACGGUGUGCCAGUCCAGAGCGGCGGCACCAAGCCGCAGAACCAGCCCGUCAUCCAGAGCCCGAGUCGGCUGAUCUCCCGGACGUUCAGCCCCCCUCCCCAGCACCAGCAGCCAGUCAUCCAGUCGCAUGUGUCCAACCCCGGCCAGGGCCAGUCCGUCAUCCAGCAGACCCGCUUCCCCAAUGGCGUUCAGAACCAGCCUGUGAUCCAGACCCAGAAGCAGCAGGGUCCGCACCCUGCCCGCGCUCACGCCUCAAAUCACAUCAAAGAACAUGCCCCCACCUUUGGGAUGCAGAGCCUGGUCCAGCAACACCUCGCCCAGGCAGGGAGGGACCAAAACCGCAUCGCCAGGCUGAGUGACAACAGCAGCAAUAGUGGGAAGUCAGUCAUCCAAACUGAAGUGUCCGACGAAGCCGAAUUCCUCCGACGGUCGUCUGCAGAGGACAAAUCUGGGUCGGCCCAGCAGCCCUCCGGCGGGAUUAAGAAGGCGGUGGCUUCGGCGCGGACAAUGUCCUCGGUGGAGGCCAACAACCCGCUGGUCACCCAGCUACUCCAGGGCAGCCUCUCCCUGGAGAAGGUCCUGCCCCAGCCGCACUCUGCCAGCAAGCUGGAGAUCAACAGGUUGCCAGGGAGCCCCACAGUGCCCCAGGCCGGCCGGCAGCCUAUCCCCCAACCCCGCGGUGCAGCGGGCCCUCGCUUCAGGAACCCCAGCGACUCCUCGGCGGGCCCCACGGACUCUCCUGGCCCAGAGUUCUCCCCACAGAAUCAACACAAGGUGCCCUCGGCCCGGGUCUCUCCAGGACCCGGACGUGGGUACGGGCCUCCGGCGCCAGGCUCCCUGCCGUCACGGAUGGCGUGCUUAUUUGAAGAGGCCUCCUCAAGAGUUACGGCUUUGCAGCAGUAUCACUCCCAGCAGCCAGGGGGCAGUGUGCCGCCAGGUGCCGUGCCAGUAAUCACAUCCCUCUCCUCAUCUUCAUCAUUGUCCUCGUCUUCUUACUCUACAUCCUCCAGCCGACGUCCGUUGGAAAUUACCUCGCAGAGCACGGCAGCUUAUGAGUCAGCCGUGAUUAAAGAGCACCCGGGACCUCAGCCCAUGCGGGGUGGAACUCCAGAAAGACCUGGAACUUUCCAGCAGCACUCUAACAGCCUUGCUCCCCCCCAUCCCCGUACGACACCCGACGCCCCGUCCCCUCCACAUGGCGACCUCUGCCCCUCAGAGGUCAUUCCCACAGUCAAGAUCAACUGGCGACCUACCAAAGCCCCGCUCCCUCACCCGCCUCAGCCCUAUCAGCAGCAGCAGCAGCUCUCUCCAGUUGCCACGGUGAAGAACGAAGUCUCCUCCCGCCCCUCUUGCCAGGCGCUCACCAAAAAUCCCCCCACCCCGCCUGGAGGCAAUGGCACCACUGCUGCUGUCCCUUCUGCUGCUGCUGUCAUUACCAAAAAGGAGCCCCUGAGCUCCAUGGACAGUUUCUUAAGUGGCUGUGGGGGGGCCAUGGAGGGCCUGCUCAACAUGGAGAUGUCCCUCGUGCGCAUGGCCAAAAAAGAGCAGGGCAGGAGCCCUUACGCUCGCCCAGGGGACCUCCCUUCCUCCGCCUCACCCUCCUCGUGCUCGCCUUCCUCCACCACGUCUUCCUCGCUCCCCUUCCAGCUGUACGGCAAGUUGCCCAAGCUGCAGCAAAGCACAGGCGGAGGGGUUGGGGGUGUGCUGGGUAGUGGUGGAGGCGGCGGUGGAGUCAUGAUGGGCGGGGGAGCUCCCGGGUUCAGCUACACGGCCAACGUGUCGGUGGUGGAUGGGAGCGGCUUCUCUCGGAGCAUCGCCGACAGCGUGCUCAACCUGCGGUCGCGCUCCGGCACCGGGAACGGCGGCAUCGGAGGCGGUGGCGGCCAGAGCGCGGCGCUCAGCAUCCAGGCGUUCGCCGACAGCGCCGCCGAGGAGGUGGCCCUCAAAUGCUCGUGCCGGCUCAAGGCCAUGAUCAUGUGCCAGGGCUGCGGUGCCUUCUGUCACGACGACUGCAUCGGCCCGUCCAAACUGUGCGUGUCCUGCCUGGUGGUCAGAUAGUCUGCUUUGUUUCUUGGGCAAGGUGAAGCUAGGGCCAGGAGAAUGGGACUGUUCUGCCGUAAACUCUCUUAAAAAAACAAAAAACAAACAAAAAAACCUGUCGUCUUCUUGCCUCGUGUUUGAAACUCGACAGUGUUACAGGACUCAUGAGAGCAUGGGGGUGUUGAAAUGUUGUGGAGCCCAGUGUUGGUGUUUUGGCAGGACAGUAGGGCUGAAAGAUGCCUUGUAACAUAAAAACUAGUCUGUAUUUUUGUUGCAUAUAUUUUCUAUUGCUGUUAUGAUGAUGUUGUUAUUAUUAUUGCCAAGAUAAUAAUAAUAAUAAUGAUAAUUAUUAUUGUUAUUAUUAUUGUGAAUUUACCUGGCACGGUUGGUUGUAAAUUGUGCCUUUUUUUUGUUUUAGUUUUUUUCCACAGAAAAACAUUUACCUCAUCCUCUUGACACCAUUCAUCAGUUCAGUGUGAAAAUGGUGGCUGUUAAUUGUUUGCGUUGUUUUCCCUUCCUGUCCUCGCUGUAGAGGAUGAUGGGAGGGCUGUUUCGUGUGUCUUGUCUUGCAAAGAAAUAUUUUUUUAAUCAUUAAAUAAGCGAAAUGACAUUUUCUUUUCCUUUUUUUGUAAGUGCUUUCACUUUUCUUGUUUUGUUAUUUUCUUAUCCAAAGUGAAGUCUGUACACGACCGUUAAGCACAGUAUUCUAUCCAAUAAAGCUGACAUUGAGCGGACUCGAGGCUUCCCUUAACGUCUGCUGUGCCCACAACCUCAA